AAUGCAUAAACAAACUGUUUGUCUGUGUGUAAAAUCCAUAUUCAUUAUCACUGCUCGAAAUUGGUAAGUUACUAUAAAGUUUGUUUGAAAAAUGUCCUCAAAAACAGUCAGUGAAGCCAAAACAGCAAUCUCAAAGGUGAAGGCUGGUGUGUGCUUGAGUGAGGAGAUGAUUCGUGAUGCCCUGGACAAGUUGAGGGGAGCAGUGACCAUUGUCUACCCCAUGAACCUCCCACCCUACGACCCGGUCAGACUCGAGUUUGAAGGAAAUGAGGAACUGGCAGGAACACAGGCGGGCACACUGGUGCUUGAGGAGGACAGUGCUCAGCUGUGGUGGGCUGGGAAGGCGUUGGCUAGGGACAAGAAACUCUCAGACUAUUUGGGAAGGAACGAGAAGACAACGAUAGUGGCUAAACUACAGAGGAAAGGUCAAGGUGCACCGGGGAGGGAGCCAGUGUUCUCAGAGGAGGAGCAGAAGAAAAUGAUGGCCUACACUUACAAGAAACAAGAGGAGUUCAAGACACACAGAAGCUUGAUGGCCAGAGGAUGGCUACCUGAACACUGGCUGGAUGGACCCUCACUCCCUCAAGAAGCAGCUGGCCGGAGUAUGUCAGCUGGAGACCAUCGUGAUAUGACAGUGACUAAGUCAAUCGGGUAUUCAUGGUAAAGGAAGCGAAUAAGUUGCCGGAGCAGUGCUAAUGUUAAACUGUGUUGUUCAUGUCUCCGAUGUGUUGGGGGCUGUAGCUGAGAAGAGGUCUCACAUUCCGUACGUACAGGAACUCAACUCUCACUCAUGUCCUGCAAGACUCCAUUGGUGGGAAUACAAAGAUGGUCAUGUUUCUCUGCCUUUCCCCAACAAGGCAGCAAGUGGUUAAAUCUGAAUCCCUGAGGCGGGGUGCUGGGAUUUAGAGCCAGGAAGCCUCCUCCUACAGCAAAGAGAACUUCUAGAGUAGUGCAGAAUGCAUGAAUAAACUGCCUGUGUGUGUGUGUGUGUGUGUGUGUGUGUGUGUGUG